CCCACUGUCAGAACCCUGCUACUAGAGCCUGGAUGUGGCUCUGAGUUUCAGGGUCACUGACAUUGAUAAGACACCUGCGUCCCAGGACUCGGAGGAGAAACGGCUGAUGGACUUGGCGGGGAAUUUGCGCGGGGUUUUACUGAGCGGGAAGAGACUGUUCAAAUGAGGGGGAGGGUAUAUAAAGGAGGGUUGGCCGGAGCCUCCCAUUCUUGGCUUUUCUGAUGUUCAUGUUUCCUACAGUAAAAGUUCCUGGUGAUACCACAGAGAGUCUCGUGUGUUCAUUCAGGAGCGGCUGUGGUGAGCUGACACUAAGCCAAGAAUACGGACACCAUCCCGCUGUAGCGGUGAGGUGUAACAUGCAAGUGGAGGAUGAAGAGCUCUUGGGCGCCGGAGGAGGAAGGUCGGAAAGGGCCACUCCCGAGACGGACGCUGAGUUCCACCAGCUGGCGGCCCUGGCGUCAUCCACCGCUUAUGCCCAGCCAAAUGGGGUAACCCAGAGGCGCGGAGUGGUGCGGGGAGAUAGCACCGGAGGAGAGGAAGGUUCACCUUCCCCAGGCCCGCAAAAGAUGGUGUUUCUGGAGGAGAGGAUGUCGGCGAUGGAGACCACCCUGGCAGUGAUGUCGAGGGCGAUGGAGCGCCUGGCGGUUUUGGCGGAGCCGGAGCGAGGAAGGGAACUCCGGGCUAGCUCAAUGUGGGACGUGAGCAUGGGAAGCAGCCAGGGCUUUGCAGACCUCCCAGCACCGAAGGGAAGGGAAAUGCGAAAGGAGCCCGGUGCCCGGCCCAAGAUCCAAACGAGCCUGACGCGGGUGGAGGAGAGUGACGACGAAGGGGAAAAGCCUCCGAGAAUCCCGGCUACGCUCCCAACUGAGACCCUGGUGCCCCUGGCGAAUGCCGGGCGUGGCACAGGACAAAGGGAAGCAGCAGCGGGGCCCACUGGCCCGCAAGGGGGCUUGCGACGGGCGGAGAAUUGGGGAUUGCCACCACAGGGACCCCUACCGAGACGAGAGGAACUAAGGAUCGAGUUUGGGGGAGAGUCCUCUGAACUGGAUUUUUUCCUGACCACGGUGAGGGGCUAUAUGGAGGACAAUGCCCACACUUUUAGAACGGAAUCCAGCCGGGUACGGGCCAUUGGUGCAGUGUUGAAGAGGGGAGCGGCCAGCUGGUACGUUCAACUACACGCGCGGCGCGACCCAUGUCUGGGGUCACUCCGACGCUUUAUGGGGGCCCUGGAGACCCGUUUCCGAGAUCCACUGGAGCAGAUCCGGGCGAGGGAGGAGUUGAAGACCGUCUCCCAGGGGCAGAGGUCGGUAUCUGAGUAUGCGGAGGAGUUCCAAUGCCUCGCUGAAAAGGUGCCGGAAUGGUCUGCAGUGACAAAGAUAGAACUCUUCAAAGAGGGGCUCAGGCGGGAGAUCCUCUCCUGGGCGGUGCAUCGUGAUGAGCCUGACACACUGCGCGGAUGGAUUCAGCUGGCGGGGCGCAUCGAGACAUCGCUGGCCCAGGCGAGGAGGCACCGAGGAGGGCUACAGCAGCGGCCGCAGAUGAAAGAGGGGAGCCGGAAGGAGGGAUCAACCCCAGCCGGGAGGAGAACGGAGCCGACAGGGAACGUGAGCACCAGCAGGAGGGGCUGCUUCGUGUGCGGCCGUUUGGGCCACAGGGCUGCCGAGUGCUGGCAGAGAAAAGGGGAAGGCGGAGGCCCGCCCAAACCAAGAGCCGUGGCAGGGAAACGCGCCGAGGAAGAACCACCGAUGAGGCACCACUCGGGGGGGUUGGACGAAGGGGAGGAGGACGCCAUGUCAGAACCCUGCUACUAGAGCCUGGAUGUGGCUCUGAGUUUCAGGGUCACUGACAUUGAUAAGACACCUGCGUCCCAGGACUCGGAGGAGAAACGGCUGAUGGACUUGGCGGGGAAUUUGCGCGGGGUUUUACUGAGCGGGAAGAGACUGUUCAAAUGAGGGGGAGGGUAUAUAAAGGAGGGUUGGCCGGAGCCUCCCAUUCUUGGCUUUUCUGAUGUUCAUGUUUCCUACAGUAAAAGUUCCUGGUGAUACCACA